GCAUGCGCUCUCAGCUGCACGCCCGUAGUCGCGCUGUCCCUUUACCGCAAUUUUUCUGGGAGCGGUUGAGCUGCCCCCGCGGUCCGAGAUGUCCGAACUGCCCGCCGACAACAAUAUCCGGCAGACGGACGCGGCGAAUGGCCACCGCGACGUCCGGCAGGCGGAGGUAGGCGGCGGGAGGCGGGAGCCGGCCCCGGCGCGGCCUGCCGAACCCGGAGAAGGUCCGGUGGCGGCGGCGGCGGCGGCCAGGGAAGCCCGCGAGGCGGCGGUCGACCGCGAGCUGGCGGGGCCGGCAGAAGAAGAGGGCGCGCAGGCCAGACUCCGGUCCCGGCCUGCGAACGGUCCGGCCCUGGGUGCGCUGCCGUACCUCCGCCUGCGUCACCCCCUUAGUGUUUUAGGAAUUAAUUACCAGCAGUUCCUCCGCCACUAUCUGGAACACUACCCGAUCGCCCCGGGCAGGAUCCAGGAGCUGGAAGAACGCCGCAGGAGGUUUGUGGAAGCCUGCAGAGCCCGGGAAGCCGCGUUCGAUGCCGAGUAUCAGCGGAAUCCCCAGAGGAUGGAUUUUGACAUUUUGACGUUUACUAUAGCUCUCACCGCAUCUGAGGUUAUCAAUCCUCUGAUAGAAGAACUCGGUUGUGAUAAGUUUAUCAGUAGGGAAUAGUCUGGCGACGGACCUGCGUGCAGGGGAGCGAGACUUGCGCCGGCCGUGUCGUUGCGUCGUAAGAAGUCCUUGUAUGGGAGAUAAGCCCCAUGCCUCGUCGGGUGGGAAAGGGAGGUUUAUCAGGAAGGGAGACAGAAAAGAUUCAAAGCCUCGUGACUUCUGUGACGUUGGGUUUGCGACUGAUAGAUUCUUGACCCUGCGUGGUGGAAAUAUCUUUGAAAAACUGUUUCCCCAACGUGAAGGAGAGGUUUCAUGCAAUUGAGACCCGGUGUGAAAUAUUGGCCAUAAUAGAGCCGGUGAUGAGGAGAGAAAUGGUCAGAUACUCAUGGUAGCAAGAAGGAGUCACAGCUGAGUUAUCCUGUAGACAGACUGGAAGCCCCCGGAAGAGAACUUGAAAUUGUCAGAAUUUGCGCUCUCCUCGCGUCAGGUUUUAGUCUAAGGCGAUUUUGUGUUUUCUGAGGCAUUUCAAGUGGCAAACAAUGUAACUGUUAUAUAUAUUACGUGAUAAAUUAUGUGUUCAAGAGUUUCUGAA